CGUAGCCCACUUGACCGCUUUCCUUUUCCUUCGCGGCGCAGCUGCGCAGUGCUGGCCAUUGCAAGCUUUGGGAAGAAGAGUGGCCGCCGCACCGAGAGGGGGUGGGGAAGACGAAGGGGGAAGGUUUGUGCCAAGUGGGGAGCGCGCGGCCGGGCCGCGGCGACUAGCAAUGGCGCUCGAAUCGGGAGGCGACGACAGCGCCAGAGCGAAGAGGCGGCGGGUGGACGAGCAGGGGGAGCAGCGCCAGGAGAUGGCAGCGGGGCGGGAGGCGGCCCCGGUGGUCCGCAUCUCGGCGCUGCCGGACGACCUGCGGAGGCGGAUCCUGACCCGCCUCCCGCUCAAGGACGCCAUCCGCUCGGGGGCGCACGCGCAGGAGUGGCGCGCCAUCCACCUCCUCCCCGGCGACAACCCGACGAAAGCGCUCCGCUCACUGGAGAGCGUCCCGCGCCGCCGCCUCGGCCGCUUCUCCUUCGUCCUCGACAACCAAAUGCUCAGCCCCCGGCAACUCAAGUGCUUCCUCGCGUACGCCGCUGGAUGCCGAGUCGAGGACCUGCACGUCGAGGUGGGCCAUCGCUGCCAGAGCCUCGUCUUCCACCUCCCGCUGUCGAGCCCCCUCCUCACGCACCUCUCGCUCCGCGGCGUCGGUCUCCCCAACAUGUACUAACAAGGGCGCCCAGCCCUUCUAUGCUCUCGAGGUCAUCCGCCUCCACUCCGUUCGCUUCAGCCAAUCAACCUUCGGGAGACUGAUGGCACUGUGCCCCUGCCUCCACACCCUCGAUCUGCGCCGGUGCGACUGCAGAGACGUGUUGAGCGGUGCCGGAGCCUUCAUCCCGCCGGCGGGCGAGAACUUGAGGAGGAUCACUGUCGCAAUGUGCCACGCCUGGGAGACCAGGCUGGACACCCUGGCGGAAAAAAAAAUGGAGUGGACACCGGGUCCAUGGGAGCCCCCCGUGCGACCCCAUCUCCGAUUCACGCCACCUGCUCACGAACCAAAUCCAACGGUGACGGCUUCUGUGCGGGAGGGAGCCGAGCUGAGCCUUUCCUACUAUCUUGCGAGGGAGAGAGCCGAGCUUGGGAGCCGUGACCUGGGCAGGCGAGCCGUCGCCGAGGGAUGAGCACGUUGCCUGUGCCCCCUGCCCCCUGCGGGCUGCGGCCUUGCCCCCUUCGCGACCCCCCUGCGCCUCCCUACCCUGUGCUGCACGCACCAGGCAGUGCUUUAUCUCCCCGAGCAGUCCAUCGCCGCCGCUUCCGAGCAGACCACCGGAGUCUCCUCCCGGCCAAGAUUUCGGCCACCUUGCUGAUCCCCCGCCGAUGGCAAGCCCCAAAACGGAACCCCCUCCGCCUCCUCUCUAUCCCCCCCCCACUCAAUCGAGUCCCUCAUGCAAGGAAUCGACAGUAAUUUGGAGCACCAGAACCACCGUCAGCCAUGGAUGUGCGAGAUGUGGAGUUUUUGCAUCUAAGCCAUUCGGAAACAAGGUAAAUAAAUGCUAGUUUUCUGUGUCCUGCUGUUUUUGUGUAUAGCCCCCUAUAACUUUUAGCAGUCUUCAAUCCAGCCCAAACCAUGUCCUUUCGUAGGUGAGCCGAGCGAGAGAGCACGGGCGGAAGCCGAGCGGACACCUUGCGCGCUCCCGCAGGCGUCGGAUCGGGAAAGGCGACCAUCGGGCGUGGGGGCGCACGGGGGCUCCCAUCGAAUUUUUUUCCCUGUGGCGGUGCCUAGCCUCCGUUCUUUCCGCUUCAGCGGCACGUUCCGCUAUCUCUUCUGCCUUCCGAAGGACGCCGCGCUCAGCGAGCUUUACAUCUGGAUUGUGGAGCCAAUACCCACUGCGUAUGCUCACUGGUUUUAUGGAGCCCUCCCGGAUAAUCUCUCCGGCCUCACCGUGCUCACCAUCUGCGGCAAUACCCUCAGGGCAAUUCGCCGAUGUCCCCAGAUGAGCCACUUCAAGAGUUUGAGAGAGCUACAGUUGCUCAUGCUUGGAAUGGAUAUGGAUAACCUAGCUGACAUUUACCUGUUUCUCAAGUCUUGCUACUGUUCCAAUCUUGAGAGGUUAUUUGUGCAGGUUAGCAUUUUUUACUCCUUUCUGAAUCACUUC